AUGGUUGUCGGAAACAUCUAUGUGAUUGCCGCCACGGCCGUCGUGGGCGGUGGUCUGUUCGGCUUCGAUAUCGCCUCGGUAUCGGCCCAAUUGACUGAGAUGUCCUACCUGUGUUAUUUCAACCAGGGCCCUAACGGCCCUCCCUUCGAUGAUUCCCCGACAUGCAAUGGUCCUACAGCUCUGCAUCAGGGAGGCAUCACUGCUGCCAUGCCUGCAGGUUCAUGGCUAGGAGCUCUUAUCUCUGGUCCUGUUUCUGACCGCAUCGGUCGAAAGAAGUCUAUCAUGAUUGGCUGUGUCAUUUGGGUUAUCGGCUCUACUCUUAUCUGUGCUGCGCAAAACAUUGCUAUGCUUUGUGUUGGCCGUGUCAUCAAUGGUUUGGCGGUCGGAUUCGAAUCAGCACAAGUGCCGGUCUACAUUUCUGAGAUCUCCCCUCCCUCCCAACGUGGUCGUUUCGUCGGCCUGCAACAAUGGGCGAUCACUUGGGGUAUUCUUAUCAUGUACUAUAUCUCUUACGGAUGUUCCUUCAUCGGAGGUACCACUUCUAGCGACUACAGCACCGCCGCGUGGCGUGUUCCCUGGGGCUUGCAGAUGCUCCCCGCUAUAUUCCUCUUCUUCGGCAUGCUCCUCUUGCCCGAGUCUCCUCGUUGGCUGGCUCGCAAAGACCGGUGGGAGGAAUGUCACUCGGUUUUGACCCUGGUCCACGGCAAAGGCGACCCCAAUCAUCCCUUCGUUCACGUUGAAUUGCAAGAUAUUAAGGAGAUGUGCGAAUUUGAGCGUCGCAACGCCGAUGUCACCUACCUCGAUCUCUUCAAGCCCAACAUGAUCAACCGUACCAUGAUUGGCCUCUGGACUCAAAUUUGGUCUCAGCUCACUGGUAUGAACGUCAUGAUGUACUACAUUGGCUAUAUCUUUACGAUGGCUGGUUACUCUGGCAACUCCACUCUGUUGGCAUCUUCUAUCCAGUACAUCAUCAACGUUGUUAUGACUCUCCCUGCCUUGUACUUCCUUGAUCGCGUGGGACGCCGUCCCUUGAUGAUAGCUGGUGGUGCUCUCAUGACCAUCUUCAUGUUUGUCAACGCUGGUAUCAUGGGGGGCACAGGUGAAGUCGUUCCCGGUGGUAUCGAUCAUGUUGUUGAAGAGUCCAUGAGGGUGACGGGUGCUGCCGCCAAUGGACUGAUUGCCUGCACUUAUCUAUUUGUUGCUUCAUAUGCUCCUACCUGGGGCCCAGCUUCCUGGGUUUACCCGCCAGAGUUGUUCCCUCUCCGCUUCCGUGGUAAAGGUGUCGCUUUCGCCACCUCUGGUAACUGGGCUUUCAACAUGGCUCUGGGCUUGUUUACCCCUACUGCAUUCAGCAACAUUCGCUAUAAGACUUAUAUCAUUUUCGGCUGCUUCAACCUUGCUUUGACUCUUCACACCUUCUUUGGUUUCCCCGAAACGGCCGGAAAGACUCUUGAAGAAACUGAAGCCAUGUUUGAGGACCCUAAUGGUAUCCCAUACAUAGGAACCGCGCCCUGGAAGACGUCGGUCUCCUUCAAGCGUAUGGCCGCUAUUGAGCAUGGGACUGUCGAUGUCAAGUCUACCUUGGGUGCUGUUCACUUGGAAGACGGUGCUGCUGAGGGAGAGAAGGCCGUUGAAGCUUCCACUGCAGCUGUAUAA